AUGGAUGCAUUUUCUCUUCUUGUAUCGCUUCAACAGACACGUGAAUCGGUCGAUAUUCGUUCUUGGAUCCAUGGAAAAGGAGAGGAUGAGAGUACACUGGAGCUGGGAGCUGUAGCAGCCACGCUGCACAGGGGUCGAUUGGAUAAGCCAUUACGGAUUGGCCGGCGCCUCAACGGUUCCUGGCUAAACAGAUUCAGCGGGUCUGCGCCAACCAAUCAUAAGACUUAUGUACCUGACGCCUGGCGUCAGUGGUCCAAGCCACCCCUGAUACUUGACCCCCGCCAACGCGCUAUCCCUGGCUAUUGUGAACCUCCUCAGUCCUCACAACUCAGCAAGGAUCGGCCUUGA